AAUGAGCUUAGAUACCCACCUAAAACAUGUGCAAAAUAAGACCUAUCAUUACCCAUAACAAUUUUCCCCUAAUUGCUUCAUAUGGGUAGCUAUGUACAUGUUCAACAAUUAAAACAACAGAAAUAAAAUAAAUUGAAAAGAAAAACAAAAAAAUUAAAAACUGAUUAUUCGAGGGCAUAAUCGUCCUUCAACUUGGCGCACUAGUUAAAGAAGUUACUCCAACUUCCCAGUAAUUUAAUAACCGUCACUUCGCAUCUUUAUUACUGCUACACGCUUCUCGCUUCCCAAAAUUACUGCUUUCUCCUCUUUCCCCUUUCUCUCUUUUUUUUUCUCUCUCUUGCGCAGGAAAUUUUCAGGAGAAUUUAAAGCGGCAGAGAGCGGCGAUUCUUUAUUCAAGCUUUUAAUAACUUCAAUCGACAUGUAAUUACUUCAAUUAUCUGUUUACUUAGUUAAUUUCGGCGAAUGUCAAGUAGAAUUUUUGAAGCUAGGUCUAGGUUUUCAAUUCGAGUUGUUGAGAAGAGAGGAACGGUUGUUUCAAAAAAGAAAACAAUGACUAAGGCGGAGUCGUUGAUGACACCAUGCAUGAUGGCGGGUUUUAUGAAAAUGGCGGGGUUUCCUGAGACCGCUUUCGCCCUUGUUCCGGGCAAAGGUUAGAAGGUGGAGAAUUGUCCUAAAGGGUUUUGUUGUAUUCUUUAGAUACCCGUUCUUGGAGACAGGGGUUGAAUUUCCCUUCAAGCCUCUAACCAAAUCUUUCUUCGAUGUGCUGGGGUUAAGCCCUGGGCAAUUAAUGCCGUCUGGUUGGAGGAUUUUGUCAGUUUUGGAGGAAAUUACUAAAGAUUGGGAAUAUCCCUUUACUUACGAGGAUUUAAUUGAAGCUUAUGAUAUAAAGAUGAAGAAGGAUCGUUUUGUGAGUGUACAUAAGGAGGAGGAACAAUUGGUUUUGAACACUGAGUGUAAUGACAGGGGUUGGGCUCAGUACUUCGUUUUCGUCGAGAAGACGUCACUAGAUCUUAAUCUCGACUUUCUCAAGCCAACGGAGAGAUCGUCGUCGAAGAUAAAGAGGAUACUAGAAGCAGGGCACGCGAAGAGGACGAGACACACUCUAGGUGAAUUGUCAGGUCAAAGGAUAAGAGAAUUACCAAGAACCCCCCAAAGAGUCGAGGAUUUAGAGGAAACUAUGUCUACAUAUCCGUCGGAGUCUGCAGCGCAGGGUGGUUGUCGAGGACGAAACGUACCCCAGGCCGAGAAAGAUGCACGAAUGAGGAGGAAGCACGGGUUAGCUCCACAGGAGGCGACACUGUCGUCGGCGGUGGACAGGACGGAGCAGCUUCAUACUUUGCUGUCGCCGGAGAAAGUUGGCGAUGCAUCUGUCCUGGUCCAUGUGUCGUCGUCUCCUCCCCAUAAACAACAGAAAACGGACGACGCUCCAGUGCCUCAAGACUUAGAGAUGCAUUUUCCUACCGAUUUCCUAAGUCUUACUAAGGAGACUCGCCAACCUUUGUUCCCACAUCUGAAUCAGCUGUUAUUUCCUAGCUCUCGAGAAGGAUUGGUUGGGACUUCCACCUUGGAUAUUGCGCCAAAGUCUUCUUUCGUUCAUCUCUAUUGUUUGCAAAACUCUUUGGUUUUGAGGGAGAGGGUGAUUCAGUUGGCUAAAGAGAUGAGGAGGCUGGAUGAUGUUGCAAAGAAUAGUGAGGCCAAGGUGUCGACUGCGAUGAGGCAGUUUGUGACUGUGAAGAAGCAAUUUGACUAUGCGGCUAAGAAGGUGGACGAACUGGAAAGUCAACUAGAGGAGCAAACAAAAAAAAUGGAGGAACAAGCCCAACAGCUGAAGGAUCAGGCCAAGCAAUUGAAGGAACAAGCCCAGCAAUUGGAGGAUAAGGCUGUGGUUAUACAGGAUCAAGAGGAAGCUUUGUUGAAGGUGAAGGAACAACUAUCGACAGUUCAAAAGGACUUGGAUGACGCUUAAGAUGUGAGUGUUGAACUGGAGAUCAAGCUUAGGGCUCAGCUAAUGAAGGACUACCUGGAUGGGAAGGCUACAGAGUGGCGUCCGCAAGAAGAUAUUGAUCGUUUCUUGGCCAAUGAAGGGACUCUUGCCGAGCUGGGAGAAGAUAGAUGCUGCAAUUAUUUCGACUGCAGAGUCGAAACCUCACCCCGUCGAACGUUGCUCCUCUUAUCGUUGACGAGGCUGUGCCGCAACUGGCCGUUGGUGAAGGCGUCGGAGACAAUGCUCCUGUUGACGAGAUCAUGAAGGACGUCGUCGAAGAGUGAAUGUUGAUGGCGAUGCUGAUGCUUAAGGGCCAUCACUUGUGAUGGUUUUGAUUUCUUUUGCUGUGUUUUUCCGCAUUCGUCUCGUACUUUGGUACUUUGGUUCAUUUUUUUUUAUUUUUUUUACUUGGAUGAUUUUGUCGUAGUUUUUCAAAUACUUUUGUUCAUAUAUUGUUGCCUUUUGUUCCACUUGAUGGCAAGUGGUUCUUUUGAAUAUUGUCAUGACCUUUGUCGUAGCUUUACAAAUGAUGUUUUCUCUUUGUUUCA